UGUGUGUGUGUGUGUGUGUGUAAGAGAGAGAGGGAGGGAAAGAGAGAGAGGCAUAAGGAUAUGCAAAGAGCAAAGCUCGUGUGUUGGAGUUGCACUGCCAAUGCGUGCUGUUACGCACAGAAACCUUCGUCCAGAACUGGAGCGCACGGUGCGAAGGAGCUGGGUUUAGUUUCCUUGCAUUGACAGAAAAAAGAAAAGAAUCUUCAUCAACAGUUUGAUCGUCAGUGCCCAGCAAAGUCAGCAGUCAUCAAUCCCCACAGGAAUGGUUGAUCACUUGCCACUUGGUGAGGAGACCUUCCUGUAUUAUUCCUGCUCUCCAGGGUCCGACUACGGGUGCGCGUCUCGCUACACCAAGGGUGGUGUUUCGCAGGGCAUCAUGGUGACUGAUGCGGGCACCUAUCAGCACCACCCUUACCAAGGGCUGACGCUCUCCUCCUCGCCUUGCCUCUCUGAAGAUGACCUCAGCGACUCCUCCAGCCCGCGCUCCUCCCUCUGCUCCAGCCCCGAGUCCACAUCUUCAGCAUCACGGAGCGUUUUUUGCUCUAGCUAUGAAAGCAGGAGCAACAGGAGCAGUGGGUGCUCCAACUCAUCAGGAGGAGAGAAUCAAGAGAGUCUUCUGGACCUCCUUCUCUCACAGGCCUCCCUUACAACCUCAUUCAGCUCCAGUAGCGGCAACAUUUCUGUUUCCUCCUCUCUUUCCUUCUCUUCUCCAGCUUCCUCUACCUCCUCAUCUCCAUCAUCCCCUUUUUUGCCCAUGGGCCUAGCAUGGGAGCCCAAGAGGGAGCAGCGAAUUGGAGUCCAGCAGCACUUGACCAAAGAGGAGUGCUUUGAGUUCCCAGUUUUCCUUGAUGAGCUGCAGGAUCCUGAAGCACUCCUCUUUCAGCCAACUCUAGAGGAGAUUGAAGAGUUCCUUGAAGAGAACAUGAUGGUAGCAAUGGAGAAGGAAGAGAAUGGGAGUGAUGAGGAAAUGUCACCUCCCAUGUCUAUGUCAGAUGAUACGGAAUCAGAGGGUUCAAUGACACUCGCAGCAAAACCUGAAUCACAAUCCCAGAACUCAGAUCAAACUGUCCCUGUGGCCUCCAAGUCAGAGGCUAAGUAUGCUGCAUGUGCAUCAGAUACAGGCAGCUCACCAGUGACAGAAGGCAAUAGCUGUGUAACUACUUCCACUGACAGUUGUGUUGAUGGGAUCAAGAAGGAAGACUGUGGAUCACUAACACCUUUGACACCAGAAAGUGCUACCAUUGCCUCAAGUGUGCCCGUCAUCCUCCAAAUCCAGCCCAUACAGGUCAAACAAGAACCAAAUUCCAGUGCUGCAUCAGACACCAUCCCGGAUCAGUCCCAUAAAACCCAUUCCCAACCAACUGAAUCCCCAUCGUCUAUCAAAAUUGCCCAGCUCCUGGUCAACAUCCAGGGGCAGACAUUUGCUUUAGUGCCUCAGUUGCUUUCCCCUGCAACAACUAACUCAGGCAAAACAGGGAGCACUGCUCCAUCCAAAUUCGUCCGAAUUGCACCAGUGCCCAUUGCAGCCAAACCCAAUGGGCUUGCGGAAGCGACGUUAGGCCUAGGAGGUUCGGCAGCGGGUGUCCUUACCGGAAGUCAGCGGUACCAGAAGAGCACAGUGGCAGACCUCAUCAAAAUGCACAAGUGCACAUUUCCUGGCUGUAAUAAGAUGUACACCAAGAGUAGCCACCUCAAAGCACAUCUGAGAAGACACACAGGGGAGAAACCCUUUGCAUGCACGUGGCCUGGCUGUGGAUGGAGGUUCUCCAGGUCCGAUGAGCUGUCAAGGCACCGCCGCUCCCACUCCGGUGUGAAGCCGUACCAAUGCAUCGUCUGCGAGAAGAAGUUUGCUCGCAGCGAUCACCUGUCAAAACACCUCAAAGUCCACCGCUUUCCCCGAAGCAACAGGACAGGACGCUCUGUAAAUGGACCCCUCUAACCCCCGACGUGACGGAGUGACGCUCAGUGGAGGAGACGGAGGGAGGACUGGAUGUCUGUGAUGAAACACUGAGGAGGACAGUCCAAAAACCCUUAAAAGGCCUCAGUAAAGAGCUGUAUGUGCGUGUGACACGCGUUCUUGGUACUGUGAUAAUUUAUUGGGUAACGAGCAGAAGACUGUA